CUGAGUUAUCAACACUCACUGGGUUGGCAGCAGGAGAAAGGUGAACUUGCUGAGAGCUCUGUAACGCCAGUCCCUCCUGUCACUUUCCCCCAUACGGGAAAACAGGGAGCGGACCGCUUUAAUUUGGACGCCACCCCCCUUGGCGGAGGAAAAAGGCGCACUUCCAUUGAAAGGAAGUCACCGGGAGAGGAGAAACGCUGCUAAACGGUUAUGAAGUUGUAAGAGUGGAGGCCACUGUUGUGUGUGUUGUGAGCUUGGUUAGUAUUGUUGGAGCAUGAGGAAACCUGUGCCACAGAAAGCUAUAGAGUGGAAAGAUGCCAGAAGGAUCAAGCAUGCCCGGAGUGGACGGCCCUCCCGGGUGCCCUCACAGUAUCAAGGGCAUUUCAGUUGGGAGAAAUACCUGAAAGAGACAGGUACCAUUGCUGCACCCUCUUCUUACUUUAGACAGAGCCUCACACCUCCACUAAACGAGUUCAAAGCAGGGAUGAAGCUGGAAGCCCAGGACCCGCGGAACACCACAUCCACCUGCAUCGCCACAGUGGUGGGCCUGACAGGCUCACGGCUACGGCUGCGCUUGGACGGGUCAGACAACAAGAAUGACUUCUGGCGCCUGGUAGACUCCUCGGAGAUCCAGCCAAUCGGCAACUGUGAGAAGAACGGAGGCAUGCUGCAGCCACCGCUUGGUUUCCGUCUCAAUGCGUCCUCCUGGCCCAUGUUCCUUCUGAAAACACUAAAUGGGGCUGAGAUGGCUCCCUCUCGCAUCUUUCACAAGGAGCCUCCCGCCCCGGAGCAGAACUCCUUCCAAGUAGGCAUGAAGCUGGAGGCGGUGGACCGUAAAAAUCCCCACUUUAUCUGUCCGGCCACAGUGGGUGCCCUGCGAGGUGUCGAGGUGCUGGUCACCUUUGAUGGCUGGCGGGGAGCCUUUGACUACUACUGCCGCUAUGACUCGCGUGACAUCUUCCCUGUUGGCUGGUGCACCCUCACUGGAGACAACCUUCAGCCGCCUGGCACCAAAGUGUGUCUGCUCAUUAUCUCCGCCCACACCGGCCUCUCGCAUGUGCCCCCAAAAACAGAUAAGCUGCUGAUCGUUCAACACAUAGUUGGACUCGUCACUGGAGCACUGAAAGAAAUGCCGGUGGUCCAGUCGCUCUGUGACAGCGACAGAGCGGCAUCGUCUGCAGCUGAAGCAAUGGUGGGAGGAGAGAAGAAGAGAAGGGAGGAAAAAGAAAGGGAGGAGCAACGCAGAGGAAGAGUGAUAGAGAAGGACAAGGCAGGAGGAGAGGGUGAAUCUGAGGACAGCUGUGCAGACGACCACACAUUUUUGACUUUUGUCCGGGCAAGAGAGGAGAUUGACGGCAAAGCACUCCUGUUGCUGCGUAGCGACAUGAUGAUGAAAUACAUGGGCCUGAAGCUCGGUCCUGCUCUCAAACUCACCUUCCACAUUGACAAGCUCAAACGGGCUUGAGAAGGUCCGCUGGCUAGCGGCAGCCUUCCAAAGGACUAAACUCCAACCCCAUCUCCCUGUUCUAGGAUCAGUAUAUCAUGCACUGCAUAUUGGACAUAUACUGACCAUUUACAUGUAGCAACUUCCAACAGACCACCAUAUCUGGUAUUACAUACCCUGUUCUGACCUCAUCCAAUGAGGAAUGUUUAUUUUGUGUAGCACAAUCCAGCCCUAAGGCAGCAUGGGAUACGUAGGAUCACCCACUUGUCUGUCAUCUGUUUUCAUUUCAGUAUAACUUGAAGAGUCAUAUGUGGCCAUUUUAACUGUAAAAGGCUUUUUUGGCCUGCUUUUAUUAUGUUACAUUUAUUCUGUACAUUUCAUAUUUUGUACUUAUAUAUGGACUUGUAUUUUUGCCUUUUUCAACGGUUUGUGUGGGAUAUUCUAAAAGAAAGCCCUAAAGGAAUAAAAGAAAACGCUACAUUCAUCCCAAUAUUUUGGAAGGCUUCUGAUUAAUGUCUCUGUUUGAGGCACGAUUUUGCAACUACAAUAUUAAUUAUGGGAAGAAAAACGUGUUUUAUGAAAAGAAAUUUAUUCUGAAAAAUACUGCCAUGAGGAAAUCUGUCUUUUCUCUUAUUCUGGAUGUUGUUUACAAUGCCUUGUCCUGUAUUUGUUAUUUGUACUUUUUUAAUUUUUUAUACUAUAUUAUUAGAAUUCCUACAUGGAGAGCCCUAUCAUGCUUAACAUUGUUCAAUAAAUAUAUAAUAAUUCAACUGUUAA